AUGGAUGAUGAUGCUCAACAAAAUAAAGAAAAGAUGAAAAAUAAUUUGUGGAAUUCGGCGGAGACUAAAGUCUUGAUAGAACUACUUGUGGAGGGAAUCCAACGCGGAUGGCGCGAUUCUAGUGGUUCAAUCAAUAAGGCAACUGUGGAGAAUAAAAUAUUACCGGUUCUCAAUGAAAGAAUGAAAUGCCAAAAAGUCUACAAAAAUUAUCAAAGCAGGUAUAAGUACCUGAAAUCUCAAUACCAAAGUUAUGUGGAUCUUCAACAUAACAGUUCUGGAUUCGGAUGGGAUCCAACUACAAAAAAGUUUACUGCUACAGACGAAGUAUGGCAUGGAUAUUUAAAGGCACAUCCAAAUCACAAAUACAUGCGAUACGACACCCAUGAUCAGUUUGAGGAUCUCAAAACUAUAUUUGAUGGUACAACUGCCAAUGGUAGUAAUUCAGUUGGAUUGGGUGCUACUACAGAUGCUCGCACAUACCAGAUUGGUGAAAAUCAAGUAAAAGAAAACUUGAAUUUUUAUGAGAGCGUCGAUGAUGUUGAUGAUGCAUCCCCUUUUCUGGAUAAAAAUAUAAAGACUCGUGUAGAGAAGCUUCAUCCGAGAAAAAGAUCUAGAUCGGAAGCAUGCAAUAAUGCAGAGGAGCUGAAGAGCGAUAACAAUGACCCUAUGAUCACAGUGAGCAAUAAGAUCCUUAGUAUUAUAAAACAAAGAGAAGAGAGACAACAAAAAGAAGCUGAAAAAAAGAGAAGAAAAAAAUAG